GUCGGCUUCCCCACGGUCAAGACUUUGUCCCUAGAAGGCGCAAGUACUAUGCAUGUGAUGAACUGUGUGUCCCUGGUCAGCGAUAAGGAAAAUGGGCACGUGGCCUCGGCGGCUGGACUCAUGAUCGGGCAGUCGCCACCCCCGCCGCCGCCCCCUUCAACUCCACCAUGUGCGUUUCCGGGGGCAGGGCUGCCCCCCUCUCCUGCUCCUCCCCCCCCACCUCCACUUCCUGGGGGGCCCACCCUCCCCCCGCCGCCUCCGGGACUGCCCCCGGCUUCUCACAUGAACGGCUACAGCCACCUGGGCAAGAAAAAGCGCCUGAGAAGCUUCUUUUGGAAAACCAUUCCCGAGGAUCAAGUUCGCGGCAAAACCAACAUCUGGACCUUGGCGGCCAGGAAGCAGCACCACUACCAGAUCGACGCGAAGACCAUCGAGGAGCUCUUCGGGCAGCAGGAGGAGCCCUGCAAGCCUGCCCUUCCCAGGCGAGGCGGGACUUUGCAGUCGUCCUUCAGGGAGGCGCGACAAGAGAUUACCAUCUUGGAUGCAAAACGGAGCAUGAACAUUGGAAUAUUUCUUAAGCAAUUUAAGAAGUCUCCCCAGUCCAUCGUAGAAGAUAUUCAUCAAGGAAAGAGUGAGCAUUAUGGAUCAGAGAACUUGCGAGAAAUUCUUAAGCUUUUGCCAGAGUCAGAGGAGAUAAAGAAAUUAAAAUCUUUCACUGGAGAUGUGUCCAAGCUGUCACUGGCAGACUCCUUUCUGCACAGCUUAAUUCAGGUGCCAAACUACUCACUUCGGAUUGAAGCCAUGGUGCUCAAGAAGGAAUUUCUACCUUCCUCUUUGGCUCUACACACAGAUAUAACAGUCCUGAAAAAGGCUACACAAGAGCUGAUGUCUUGUGAAGAGCUACAUUCAAUAUUACAUUUGGUGCUACAGGCGGGGAAUAUCAUGAAUGCAGGAGGGUAUGCUGGCAAUGCAGUAGGAUUUAAACUGUCUUCUUUGCUCAAAUUGGCAGACACAAAAGCAAACAAACCUGGGAUGAAUCUUCUGCACUUUGUAGCACAGGAAGCUCAGAAGAAAGAUGUCACUCUUCUGAAGUUUUCUGAAAAGUUAUAUUACGUGCAGGAGGCUUCUAGGUUGUCUCUGGACAGCACGGAGGCGGAGCUGCACUCGCUGUCUGCCAGGACGAGGUCUCUGGAGGAGAACAUCCAGUGGGACAGUGAGCUGUGUCAGCAGAUGAAAGGGUUCCUGAAGUGUGCCACGGAAAAGCUGAGGGACUUGGAGUACUUGAAACAUGAGCUCCGGGACGAGGCCCACACCCUGAUAGACUUUUUCUGCGAAGACAAAGAAACCAUGAAACUGGACGAAUGCCUUCAGAUAUUUAGGGACUUCUGUGUCAAGUUCAACAAAGCGGUUAAGGACAACCUCGAGCGGGAGGCGCAGGAGCAGAGGCAGCAGCGGCGGCUGAAGGAGCUGGAGCAGAAGCGGCGGUCCUGGGCGGCGGGGGAGCUGGGCGGGUUCGGCAGGAGCAACAGCGAGAACGACAUGGAGCUGCUGAGCCAGAAGGGCGCAGAGGACCUGCCCCCCUUCCUGCACACCGGGCCCGUCAGCCCCUCCCACCGGCCCCCCAACACCCGCCGCUCCCGCCUCUCCCUGGCCACCGCUGCCGACCGGGAGCUGCUGACCUUCCUGGAGGGCUCCACGGGCAGCCCCGAGCCGCUCAGCCAGCGCAGCAGCUUGCCGGGCAGCAGCCCGCUCCAGGCCCAGCCCAUGGCAGCCUGGACGGAGCCUGGAGGCCGGAGGGACGCAGCCUGGCUGCAGGCGCAAAGCCGUCAGGCCCCGCAGAGCCAGGAGGACGCCGCCCGCCCGCCGCCCGCCUGGAGGAGGCCCUUCCCGGCGCCCUGGCCUAGGGACCCUGCCUCUGCGGACCCCGGGGCCGGCCGGGGAGGGGUCAGUGUCCUGCGAAAGAGGAACAGUGAGCCUGUGGGCCUGGGCCCGGCUUGGUCCCCUCCACUCUCGCCGUUGGCUCUGGGGGUUAGGGAGCACGAGCUGGUCACCGGGCUGGCCCAGUUCGAGCUCCAGAGCCCCAGGCAGCCCGAGGGGACAGUGCAGCUGACCCUGAAUGAGGUCCACCCAGUGCAGCUGGCACCUCCGGAGGACAGGAGUUUGCAGUCUCCAGCGGUCAGCAAGGGCAGCCCGGUGCCUGUGGACAGGGGUGCCCAGGGGCGUCUCUCGGCCCUGGAGGAGGACGGGGCUGCCCUGGAGCCCAGCAGCGCGGCCCCAGCGCCCGUGGGCAGCAGUGACCCUCCGAAGGAAGACCCGGGACGUCUGCUCGACAUCUCCGACACCACCGGCUGCUCUCUGACCGUGGACUGCGCAGAGGGCGCCAGCCGCAGGCCCGAGGGAGGGCAGCCCGGAGCGGGCGACGAGGGGGACGGCUCUGUGUCUUCUGGGGCUGGGGAGCCGGGGAACAGCCAGGUUUCCACCCCCAGCCCCACGGGUGCGGCCCCUGCUGCUGUGGCCGGGAAAAGCGGGCCGAACCCCAAGGCUGGCCUUCCCAGGGACAGGCUGGGCAAGGGGAAGGAGGUGGUUGCAGCAAAGAGAAACUCCCUCAAAGAGGCUCCCCUUGGCGCCCCCAAGCCCGGGGGUGCCCGGCGCAGCCCGGGGGCAGCUGGGUCCAAGCCCGUGCGGACCCUGACCUCUUCGGAGAGCGAGAGCAUGCGCAAGGUGGUGCCCAUCUCCAGGUCCAGCCGGGGCUCGGGGGGCUGGAAGCGGCCCCCACGGGAGCCCCCCAGCAGCACAGAGGCGCCGUGGUUGCGCCGGAGCUCCGUGAAGGGGACCGCGGACACGUCGCCCCGGAGGCCCUCCACGGGGACGGAGGAGCAGCGGCUGCCGCGGGCCAGCGGAUCGGUCAGCGCCCGGCCCGGGAAGGAGCCCUCGCUGCCACACCGGGGCUCUUUCAAGAAGCCCAGCGCCAAGCCCCUCAGAAACGUCCCCAGGCAGAAGCCCGAAGAGAUCAAGAUCGGCCGCCCCAACUCCCAGGGCCCCGACAGCCCCGACGAUGACGAGCUGCAGCCCCCUCCGGUCCCCGUCACCCCCCGGGCCCCACCCCCUGUCCCAAGCUUUGCCCGAAACACUGUCGCCUCCUCCUCUCGGCUCAUGAAAACGGACCCUCCCCCCGUGGGCAGACCCAUCACUAGGACAGUCUCCCAGCGGCAGCUGAGGGUGAAGGGUGUCCCCGAAGACACCACCAGCAAAGACAGCAGUGCCCUGCGGCGGGCCAGCAGCGCCCGGGCCCCCCAGAAGAGCCCAGUGCCUGCGGAGUCAGGGCCCCGGGUCAACACAGAAGCCGCGCUGAAGGGCCGAGGCCCUGGGGACAGGGCGUCGCUCAGGCCGAAAGACUCCAGCAGGACCACGCUGGGGAAAAUCCUCAACCCCUUGCGGAAGUGACGGGGUCUGCCCUGUCACCCUUCCUGGGGUCCAGAUGGGGAGCCUGGCUGCUGCAGAGGCCGACACCCCGCGCCCCACCUGGACGGCUGGCGAGGCCGGUGUCACUGAAGCUCCAGCCCGGGUCCUCCUGCUGCGCCAACUCCCACUGUGAACCCCAACCUCAGUGACUACUGUGAUGGGCUGGCACCCCACCACCCGCUCGCCCCCAGAGACCCGCUGACUCAGACACCUAAGGGGACCUUCUCAUGAAACGAGUAGAAAAAGAUGCCUGGCCAGUUUUUUGUAUAUCAAAGACUUAUUUUUUUAUUAUAAA